CUCCUGGGAGAGCCUCAGCCUUUCUCACUAGCAAAUUUAGUGUCUUGGAUAACUUCCCCCAUGCUGUGGACUUAAUGUUUGUGUCCCCUCUAAAAUUCAUAUGUUGAAACCUUAAUCCCCAAUGUGAUGAUAUUUGGAAGUAGAGCCCUCAUGAUGGAAUUGUAAUAAUUCCCUUAUAAGAAGAGACUUGAGACAGCUUGCUUCCCCUCGCUCCAUCUCCUCACCUUGUGAGAAUACAGUGAGAAGAUGGCUGUCCACAAACCAAGAAGAGAGCUCUCGCCAGACACUGGAUCUACCGAAUCCUUGAUCUUGAACUUCCCAGCCUCCAGAACUAUGCAGUUUAUGUUGCUUUUUAGUCGUCAGGGAAAGCUUCGACUGCAGAAAUGGUAUGUCCCGCUAUCAGACAAAGAAAAGAAAAAGAUUACAAGAGAACUUGUUCAAACCGUUUUAGCAAGGAAACCGAAAAUGUGCAGCUUCCUGGAGUGGCGCGAUCUGAAGAUUGUUUACAAAAGAUAUGCUAGUCUGUAUUUUUGCUGUGCUAUCGAGGAUCAGGACAAUGAAUUAAUUACCCUGGAAAUAAUUCAUCGUUAUGUGGAAUUACUUGACAAGUAUUUUGGCAGUGUGUGUGAACUUGAUAUCAUCUUUAAUUUUGAGAAGGCUUAUUUUAUUUUAGAUGAGUUUCUUUUGGGAGGAGAAGUUCAGGAAACAUCCAAGAAAAAUGUCCUUAAAGCAAUUGAGCAGGCCGACCUACUGCAGGAGCCACGUCAUGAAUAUUUUAAUGUCCCUGUGUACUAAAUGACUACUCAUCGAGUAUGCAGAAUUUCACAGAGGAAAUAGAGUGCUGAUGUACAUAUGAAAGAAAAUGUCCUCAGCUUGGUGACUGAUUAUCUUGUAUAACAGAAUAUUUCAGAACCAGUACCUUUAUGAUUGUAUUUUUUUUUCCUAUUCUCAUUCCUAAUUCUUUUCCAUUUUAUUUUCAUUCUAUAUGUGAUCUUGAUAUAGCUUAUUCCUGUCUGAAACUGAUUUUAUCUCAUUUUGACAAAAUAUGGCCUAUGAGUGUUUUGAGUAAUAUUUCAUUUUAAACAUCUGCAUGUUAUCAUUAAUGAACCAUCUGUGACUAAUCUUAUAGGAAGAAAACCUGACAAUCAUUAAAAUGUUUACCAAAGAAAAUAUAGCUGAAGUGCUAGUUCAAAAUAAGCAGUGCCAUAAUAUAUAGUGUAGUUUGGUCUUCAAAUAUUGAGAGGCAAGGGGGAAUGAUUUUGUGUGACUAUCUUACAAUCUGUAUGAGCUAAUGUGUUCUAAUGUAUCAUAUAAAAGUGUAUGUGGAAAUAAGAAAGCAAAAUUAAUCUGUACUAUUGUAUAAUAUUUAAAGUUAAAACUUUCAGUUUUUAGGAAACUUUGAGCACCACAUUUAUUGAAUCACAUUUCUGCUAUGUAAUAAUAUCAAACAAUCCCUUUAAGAAUUUAUAGAAAGCUAUGUCUGAAAAGUCUCUUCUGCAAUAUCUAUGGCUUAAUAGUAGCUUUUCCAAAAUAUUAAUGCUGAGUUUAUUUUAUAGUUAAAAAAUCCUAUUUUGAAAGGAAUCUAUUCUUAAAAAAAAGGAAAAAGAAAACAUCCUAAUGUUAAGUUUUAAUACCUAAAGACAUUUUACUAGUUAUGGCUUUCUAAUAUAUUAAGUCUGCAUUUAAAUACUUAAUGCUUUAUUAACUAUGGCUUUAUAUUUCUGAAUAUUAAAACUUUUAAUAUUGAUCUCUAUUGUAUAUUUUAAUAAAACAUAUAGCAUGUUUUAUUAUAAAAGGAAAAAUACCAAAUAAUUCAUUGUUUAUAUCCAGAGAGCUUAAAGCCUGAGUUUAGUAAGUUAUUAAACAAUAACUUCAGAACAGGAUCAAAUGGGUUUACCACUGAAAGAAGACCUAUGAAAAUGUGUUUUGACUAAACUUAGUGCUGGGCAGGUGGAUGAGUUAUUUCCAUUCUAACCAUUCUUGCUGUAAUGUACUACAUUUGAAGCACCUGGAUGUGCUAUCAAAUGAGAAAUUUAGCAUUAUACAUUUGAAGCGUUGAGAAACAUUGGUCUUUCAUUUCCAUUUGUUUCCUCCAUCCCUUCCUCUGCCCCACAAUAUGUUAUCCAUCUGGUUUUAAUGCUACACAAAUAUGCAUUGUCUCAUGCCUGUUCUGCUUUGGAUGCUGUGUGCUGAGCUGUAACCAAAUGUUGCUUCUUUUGUUAUCUGUAUACAGCUGCUUGCUUUAAGUUAAUAGAUUCUGAAAUAGCUUUCCUUGCAUGUCUAAAAUAAAAGUAUUGCAUGUA